UUAAGUCUUGGGGCUGCCCUGACAGUUAAUGGUAUCACCGUAGAAUCUCUCACAUCACUGUAUUGACAGGAAAAUUCAGUGCCCCCAGUCUCUUUCACUCAUUCAGGCUUUGGGUAAUUACAUUCAUAAUUGGAAGUGUGGCAUUUUGAUUCAUAAAACCCAGCUCUCAUCUAGCUGAAUUCUGCUCCAGUGAGCAAGGUGCAAACACAUCAAUAUUCCCACAGAAGGGGGUAUACAUCUCCUCACAUCAAUGGUGGCAGCAAGAACUAAUACACAUUAGUCAAUAACGAAUGCUGAAGAUACAACAUGUGUAAUUGAAAAACUACUCCGGGAAGCUGAAAGUGCUUAUGGCAGCUGUUUUGAUUCAGAAGUAUUUACAGUACACUAUAGCUCUCAUUGAAAGGAGCUGAAUCAAUCGAUGGCUCCGUUCAUUCACUCUUCUCAACGCCCCCGAACGAACAACACAUUGGCGUGACCUAUUGCUGCUGGCAUCAUGAAGGAGAGCGGAGCACAGAGGGUUCACCGCCCUACAGGAUAUAAAUACAGGGAGAGGGCAAGUAUCCUGAACCUUUUACUUUCUCCUCCUUUCUGCUGGACACCGGGCUCACAGGAUCUCUGACACCAUGAAAGGUUUGAGGACAAUCACAUUAACUUAUGUAGGCCUACUCACCCUUUUACUGCUGGCCUCAUUUAUCUCGCAGUCGUGGAGCGCACCAAAGGGCUCUUUUCAACGAAGAAACUGGACCCCGCAGGCUAUGCUGUACCUCAAGGGCACCCAAGGACGAAGAUUCAUCUCAGAGGACCGAAAAGAAGGCGAUGUCUACGACACAUUACACUUAGAGACCCGCAGUCGAAACACAGAGAAGCUGAGCGUGGACCAGGCGGCCACUGUCCUGCUCAACUUCCUGCAGCAGGCCCGAGAGGCAGCCGAUGAAAACCCAGAUGAGGUGUAUAUUCAGGAGCUGCCAGUGUGGAAGAGAGAAUACUUCUGAUCAUCUUUCAUACAUUUCUAAAGCUGAUAGAAUCAAAAACAAAGAUGUGUUAAUCUAAGAUUAUGAAAGGGAGAAGAGCAGCUGAUUUGUAAAUAUGAAUUCUCUGAAUAUGUUUGAAAUGUG